AUGACCGCACAAUUCCAAAUUCCUGACGAAAGCACCAAAAACUACGGCGUCUUGUUGAACAAGAAGGAUGAUCUCCAGGUUGUCGAGAUUCCUAUGCCCACGCCUGCCGCCGGUGAGGUGCAGGUGCAAGUCAAAGCUACCGGUAUUUGUGGAUCUGACAUCCACUUGUGGAAAUACGGCGAAAUUGGCAUUUUCCCUGUGACCCAACCCCAGCUUCUUGGCCACGAGAGCGCUGGUAUUGUUACUGCCCUUGGUGAAGGCGUCACCUCGCUCCGUGUAGGCGACAGAGUUGCCAUUGAAGCUGGCAUUCCUUGCAGCAAGUGCUCGCAAUGCAUGGCUGGCCGUUACCAUUUGUGCCCUACCGUCGUUUUCAAGUCCACACCCCCCUAUGACGGUCUCUUGGCCAAGUACUGCACCCACCCUGCCCGAUGGCUCCACAAGAUCCCCGACAACGUUUCUUUCGAGCAAGGUGCCCUUUUGGAACCUCUCUCCGUUGCCAUUUCUGCCAUUGAGCGCUGCGGCGUUACUUUUGGCCGUUCGUUGCUCAUCACUGGCGCUGGUCCCAUUGGUUUGAUUGUUUUGGCCGUUGCCAAGGCUACCGGUGUCAGCCCUAUCAUCAUUACCGACGUCCAGCCCUCUCGUCUGGAAUACGCCAAACAGAUGGGUGCUGACUAUACCUACCAGGUGGAUCCCAAGAAGCCCGACUACGAAGCAGCCAAGGAAAUCAGCGAUUUGGUUGGUGGUGAAGGCACGGAAUUUACUUUGGAAUGCACAGGUAUUGAGUCGUCCUUCCGCACGGCCAUCAUGGCUACGCGCGACGCUGGUGUCUGCUGCUUGGUGGGUGUCGGCAAAAAUGACCAGUCGUUGCCAGUCAACAACUUUGCCAUGCGCGAAGUCGACAUCAAGGGUCUGUUCCGAUACCAUCACACUUAUCCCCGUGCCGUUGCCUUGAUGGCUAGCGGCAAGCUCAACAUUGACCAUCUCAUCACCCACAAAUACGAUAUCAUGGACGCUCUUAAGGCAUUCAACACUGCUGCUGAUUACUCUACUGGUGCCAUCAAGGUUCAAAUUACCAACUAA